CAUCUCACUGUCCUAAAAAUAUUGUGAAAAUAAUACUAUCUUAAACUUUCACAAGCAGAUUAUUCGAAUCAAUAUGCUCUGAUUCCAAAUUCUUAUCUUUCUUUAUCUGGCCUUUUACAGCACCGUUUUGUGGUUUUUCAUUUUUUCUUUCUCUGGAGGUUGAUGAACUUCUGUGUCUGUAAUAUAUGGAUACCGUCCAAAUAAAUUAUUAUAUAUCUGUGUAUAUAUAAUUGGAGUCUGUCAAUGUGUGUCAGUUUGUGUUUCCUUGCAAAUUCUUUACUGGGAGGGUAAUUUGGAAAAUUGGUUAUAGUUGAAGUUCUUGAAUUUGCAGUUGAAAUGAUUUUCUUAGAGUUUUAAGAGCACCCACCAUGGAUCUUGAAACUGGGAUUCAUCAGCAUCAAGUCAAGAAAGAAUCUUUGAGAACAGUUUUGACAUUAGCUUAUCAGAGUUUGGGUGUUGUAUAUGGCGAUUUGAGUACAUCACCAUUAUAUGUAUUCAAGAGUACUUUUGCUGAAGAUAUUGAACAUUCCGAGACUAAUGAAGAAAUCUUUGGGGUCUUGUCCUUUGUAUUUUGGACAUUAACAUUACUUCCUCUUCUAAAGUAUGUGUUCAUUGUGCUAAAGGCUGAUGAUAAUGGUGAAGGAGGCACAUUUGCACUUUAUUCACUUCUGUGUAGACAUGCCAGAGUGAAUUCUUUGCCCAGUAGCCAGGUUGCAGAUGAAGAUUUGUCAAUGUACAAGGACAUUAUUAGUCCUGCGCCGUCUACUUUUAGUGGAAGGCUAAAGUCUACUUUGGAAAAACAGAGAGUUCUGCAAAAGUGUUUGCUUAUAUUGGCUCUAACUGGUGCUUGUAUGGUCAUUGGUGAUGGCAUACUUAGUCCCGCACUUUCGGUUUUUUCUGCAGUUUCUGGUAUUGAACUAGCAAUGUCUAAAGAGCAUCACAAAUAUAUAGAAGUCCCGUUUGCUUGUAUCAUAUUGAUUGCCUUGUUUGCCCUUCAACAUUAUGGCACCCACAGGGUCGGAUUCUUAUUCGCACCUGUCGUCAUAACGUGGCUUUUGUGCUUAAGUGCUAUUGGUGUAUAUAAUAUUUUCCACUGGAACCCUCACGUGUAUCAAGCUCUAUCUCCGUACUACGUGUACAAAUUUCUGAAAAAGACACAAAAAGGAGGUUGGAUGUCACUGGGUGGGAUCCUGUUGUGUGUAACAGGUUCGGAAGCAAUGUUUGCUGAUCUAGGACACUUUUCCCAAUUAUCAAUAAAGAUAGCCUUCACAUCUAUCGUCUAUCCAUCUUUGGUUCUUGCAUAUAUGGGGCAGGCUGCUUACCUUUCUCAGCAUCAUGUUGUUGAUAAUGAUUUUCGUAUUGGAUUUUAUGUUUCUGUACCUGAUAAACUAAGAUGGCCGGUUCUGGUGAUUGCCAUACUUGCUGCAGUAGUUGGAAGCCAAGCCAUUAUUACCGGAACUUUUUCAAUUAUAAAACAAUGCUCUGCUCUGGGGUGCUUUCCAAGAGUCAAAAUUGUACACACGUCGUCAAAAAUCCAUGGCCAAAUUUAUAUACCGGAGAUCAAUUGGACUUUGAUGCUUUUAUGUUUGGCCGUCACUAUUGGUUUCAGAGACACCAAAAGCAUGGGAAAUGCCUCAGGUUUGGCAGUUAUUACCGUCAUGUUGGUCACGACCUGCUUAAUGUCUCUAGUUAUUGUCCUAUGCUGGCACCAGAGUGUUGUCCUUGCAAUUUGCUUCGUCGUAUUCUUUGGCACAUUUGAAGCGCUAUAUUUUUCUGCUUCUCUAAUCAAGUUUUUGGAAGGAGCAUGGGUACCUAUUGCCCUUUCAUUCAUCUUUAUGUUAGUGAUGUGUGUUUGGCACUAUGGUAUGUUGAGGCAGUACGAGUCUGACGUCCAAAAUGGGGUUUCUAUUGACCGGCUACUUAGCCUGGGUCCCAGUUUGGGCAUUGUACGGGUCGGUGGCAUUGGCCUCAUUCACACAGAGCUCGUAUCUGGAAUUCCAGCAAUCUUCUCCCACUUCGUCACCAAUAUUCCGGCCUUCCACCAGGUUCUAAUCUUUCUCUGUGUCAAAUCAGUUUCAAUCCCUCAUGUGAAAAACGAAGAACGGUACCUUGUGGGACGUAUUGGUCCGAAGGAGUAUCGUAUAUACAGAUGCAUUGUUCGAUAUGGUUAUCGUGAUGCUCAUGUGGAUAAUGAGCAGUUUGAGAAUGAUCUCGUAUGCAGUAUAGUUGAGUAUAUACGAACAGGAAGAGCAGACUUGGAUAGUGCGGAUGAAGAUGCUGCGAAGCGACGCGAGGAAAUGAUGGUCGUGGGAACGCCUACUACUCAUCUAGAUAGAAUCCAAGUCCGUGAAGACGAUGAUGAUGUGGCAAAUACCGAAUUGGCUAGUACUUCGGAGCUCAGAGAAACACGGUCUCCACCCGUAAUCAGGCCGCGGAAAAGGGUGCGGUUUGUAAUUCCCGAGAGUCCGGAGAUCGACCAAAAUGUCCGGUAUGAGUUGCGAGAACUGAUGAGAGCUAGGGAAGCUGGGGUAGCCUACAUAAUGGGACACUCAUAUGUGAGAGCAAAGCAAGGAUCAAGUCUAAUCAAGAAGAUAGUUAUAAAUUAUGGAUACGAUUUUUUGAGAAGAAACUGUAGAGCAAACAUAUAUGCACUAAAUGUGCCUCCAGCAUCUACUUUAGAGGUGGGAAUGGUGUAUCAUAUAUGAUUUUGAUGAUGAAUAAAAAUUAUGAAUUUUGUAAACUUGGUGGUAAUGUAAUUUUACAGAAUAGUUAUAACCAUUAUAUUUUAA